GGGAAUAAAUAAAACGAUAUAUAUAAACAUAAAGAGCUGAGUCUGACAUUUGUGCACAAUCACACGCUCACACACACACACACACACACACACACACACACACGCGCAGAGCGGCCAGGAGAGGGAGGAGGAGAGUCGACAGUCAUCUGAUUCUUUUCCUGUCCCACCCUCUACCGGACAGACGGGAAGAGUUCACGGUAAACGGGCUCGACACACCGACUUUGCGAGCGUCUCUGAGCCGCGCGAAUGAAGACGAUCGACGCGAGCGGCAGAAACGACGCGACGCCUUUGAAACAGCGAGACGCGAUCCGCCGCGCGCCUCUUCCUGCUCCAGCCGCCGAGAAAGAAGUUCCAGAACUUGAGCAGAACUUCAGAAACCGAUCAGACCCGCGAUGAUCGGUCCAGACGGGGAAACCUGACGACGCGAUCCAGGCGAGAGCGUUUCUGAGCGCGUUUCUCAGCGCGUUUGGCCGCGACUCGAAGCGGCUUUUCCUGCUAUUCUUCUUCUGAGCGCUUCCUGCUCGGGCAAAACCGCCAGCAGCUAAAAAUACUGAGCCCUCGAUGGAGCCCUGAACACAGCUCAGCUCUCCAGGGCCGAUGCGUCUCCAGUCGCUCGGGGGUUUUAGAAGGACUUGAGAUCUUGUUGAGAUGUUUUCCUCUCUUUUGUGAUGUUUUUGGAGUAAAUGCUCCUCGAGUGACUGAUUUGGCGUCUACAUGGAGAUCGAUGUCUGAUGGAGACGCUUCCACCGAUGAUCCGGGCGUACAGGGUUGUGACAAACCCACCUGAACUUAAACAUCACGCUUCUUCUGAUUUCAUUCAAAGUGCCUUGUAAAUUCUCAAUGGAGCCGCUGAAGAACAUAUUCUCCCGCGGGCCGCUGUCCACCUGGAAGAGCCUGGAUCAGACUCAGAAGGGCAACUUCACCAACCCGGUUUGGACCGCUUUGUUCGAUUACGAGGCUUCGGGGAAAGACGAACUCACGCUGCGUAAAGGGGACCUAGUGGAGGUUCUGUCUCUGGAUUCGGAGAUAUCCGGAGAUGAAGGAUGGUGGGCGGGAAAGGUCAACAACAAGGUGGGAAUUCCUUCCAACUACGUCUCCUUCAAGCCCAGCGGAUACGGUGAGCUGCAGGGCUCUGGUUUGGGACCGAGCGAGUUGGAGCCGGAGACGGUGGACUUCAGCGACCUGAGUCUGGAGGAGGUCAUCGGGGUCGGCGGGUUCGGGAAGGUCUACCGAGGGACCUGGAAGGGCGAGUUGGUGGCAGUGAAAGCGGCCCGUCAGGAUCCAGACGAGGACAUCAGCGUCACGGCCCAGAACGUCCAGAACGAGGCCCGGCUCUUCGCCAUGCUCCGGCACCCCAACAUCAUCGCGCUCAAGGGCGUUUGCCUGCAGGAGCCCAACCUGUGCCUGAUCAUGGAGUACGCGUCCGGCGGUGCGCUGAGCCGCGCUCUGGCCGGACGACGGAUCCCGCCGCACGUUCUGGUCAACUGGGCGGUGCAGAUCGCCCGCGGGAUGCUGUACCUUCACAACGAGGCCAUUGUCCCCGUCAUCCACCGAGACCUCAAGUCCAACAACAUUCUGCUGGCGGAGCAUGUGGAGAAGGACAGCAUUGAGGGCAAAACCCUGAAGAUCACAGAUUUCGGUCUGGCGCGCGAGUGGCACAAGACGACGAAGAUGAGCACCGCAGGAACCUAUGCCUGGAUGGCUCCGGAGGUCAUCAAAUCAUCCACCUUCUCCAAAGGCAGCGACGUCUGGAGUUAUGGUGUGUUAUUAUGGGAGCUGCUGACCGGAGAGGCUCCUUACAGAGGGAUUGAUGGUCUGGCCGUGGCUUACGGAGUCGCUGUGAACAAACUGACCCUUCCGAUCCCCUCCACCUGCCCCGAGCCCUUCGCCCAGCUCAUGGCCGAGUGCUGGGAUCAGGAUCCGCACCGGCGGCCCAGUUUCUCCUCCAUCCUGCAGCAGCUGAUGGCUCUGGAGGAGCAGGUGAUGGACGAGAUGCCGCAGGACUCCUUCCAUUCGCUCCAGGAGGACUGGAAACUCGAGAUCCAGGACAUGUUUGACGAGCUGCGGGCCAAAGAGAAGGAGCUGCGGUGUCGCGAGGAGGAGCUGAAGCGUGCGGCACUGGAGCAGAAGUCUCACGAGGAGUUCCUGCGUCAGCGCGAGCAGCAGUUAGCGCAGUGGGAGCAGGACGUGUUCGAGCGCGAGCUAUCGCUGCUCAUUCUGCACCUCAACCAGAACCAGAAACCCAACGUCAAGAAGCGCAAGGGAACCUUCAAGAAACACAAGCUGAAGGUGAAGAACGGAGAGAAGAUCAGCAUGCCGCAGGAUUUUAUCCAUAAGAUCACAGUCCAGGCGUCUCCGUGUUUGGAGAAGAGGCGUAAUUCUCCGGAUCUGGGCUCGCCGUCCAUCGGUCCGCGCUUCCGAGCGAUACAGUUGAGCCCCAGUGAGAGUAAGUGGAGCUCGGUUUGGCCGCUGGAGACUCUUCCUCUCAAACAAACCAACGGCGAGAGGAGAUUCACUCCUCAUCUGAGCCCCAAAAGCCCCAAGAGUCCAAAGAUCCUCCGUAUGAGCGCGCAGGAGAACAGUCUGUCGAUGAGAGCCAAACUCCUGGAGGUGGACAGUAACGAGAGUGAGGACUCCAAAGCUGAUUUUGAGGAGUACAGACCCAUCACACCAGAGUCCAGCCACAACGAGGGCUCCGAGAGCGAGGAGGGCGGCUCGUCCCCGUGCGGUUCUCCCAGACCGGUGUAUCAGGGUAAGAGCACACACCGCGCUCUGCUCGGCAGCGCCGCCCUGCUGGCGACCGUGGCUCUGGGCCGCUGUGUGGAGCCGCAGCAGCCGCCCACUCCGCCACCGAGGGCCUCGUCCCGGACGCACCUGCCGGAGCCCGAGGCGGUGGGGGAUCUGAUCAGCUUCAGCACGGACUCGCUGCCGCGGGCCUUUCUGGACUCGCUGAGGCCGCCGCCGCCGAACCCGCGGGACCGCCGGACUCCGCACGCUAACGGAGACGCCGCGGGGCCGCCGCAGAGCGGGGAGCGCAGGAGGAGGAGCAGCUUCGGACUCAGCUCCUCACAGCUCAUCUUGGAUCUUCCGUUGUGUCAGGACACGUUUGAGGCCGAGGACAAGUCUCCGCUGCCGUUUGCCCUGUAUCCCGACCCUCGCUUGUGGAGCCCUAAAACCCGGCGUCUGGAGGUCAACAUCAUCCCUCGGCCACGACCGUCGGCCAACCGGCCCCGCAUCGACCCGUGGAGCUUCAUAUCGGCCGGCGUGACGGACAGACCGGGGGCCAAGACGGUCAUCAGCAGCCCCAGCAGCCCUCGCCUGGCCUACCAGCCCUCGCCCACAAACCCCUUCACGAACUGUGACCCCUUCCCUUCCCCGGACUGCGACCCCUUCAAUCUGAGGGUCGACCCUGCGGUGAACUCGGACCAUGCCUCCACCUUUGACCCCUUCUCGGCCCCGUUCCCCACCUCGCGCUCGGCGCCCUGCUCCACCAACGGCAGUCCCAAUCUGUCGCUCAGGGUGGCGCCGCUGAACCCGGCCGACUCGCCGCUCAUAGACCUGGGCUGGAUGGGUGGCACCAAAGAGAGGGUCCAUCCUCACCGGAGCCUCGGCCUCAGUCCGUUCAGAUCGCCGGCGCCGCUCAGAGACGACCGCUUCUGAACACUGUCCCAGAAACCAGGGCCAUGCCAGCCCUGGGAAACCAAACGCAGGGGAUUUCCAUUUGACCCAGUAUUGUUGAUGUGUCAAAUGCUCCUUCUGGAGUCACUUCCUCUCUGAUUGGUUGAUCUUUCAGCGCUGUCUCAGGGUCUCUUUGGCCUCUAGUUGCGCUUGAAUAGAUCUGCACUUGUUGCAUCGCUUUAAUCGAUCUCAAAAGUGAUGCAGUCAGUGUCAAAAGAUUUCAAAAUAAUUGCUUGUUUCAGCACAGAUUCGUCUCUGUUGGCCAUUAAGGUUGCGUUAUUGUGCAUUCCGAGAACGUUAUGUGCGGGAGAAUCCAUUACACGCUCAAAAUACAGUGCUGGCCAAAAUGUUUAGAACACUAGUAUUUCCGGCAGCUAAAAAUGGUUUAGGAAAUACGGGGUGGGAAAUAUCAGUUUACAUUUCCAAACAUUAAUUUAGCCAUUAAUUGUAAUAAUCCAGUGAGAUUUUUGAGAUCUGAUCUGAUCAUCAUCAGUCUGUCUGGAGUGACAUGAAGAAACAGAACAAACUGAGACUAAAUCCAGAAGAACUGUGUGUCCAAGACGCUUCAAGAAACCUCCUGCAAAGCUACAGUGCUGUUAACAGUUUUGACAUUGCCACAGUUCUUCUGGAUUUAGUCUGUCUCAGUUUCUUCAUAGAGAUAACUGACUUAAAACCAUUUUUAGCUGGUGAAAGUACUAGUGUUCUAAUCAUUUUGGACACCAGUGUAGUUGCCAAAGAUUGGAAGAUGUUCCCGUCUGAUGAUGAGUUGUGCUUUUUAUGUUGAAGCCAGUCAACAAACGAGCAGAGCGGAUCAAGUAAUUCACAUCAUGCAUGAGAAACGUUCUGCUGACCUCGCUGGUGGUGUUUGGGCAGGAGAAGUGCACUUAACACGUUUUUAAGUAGACUUAAACUGUUUGUGGUGAGUCAGAGAUUAAGGGAAUGUCUCAGCUGACAGAAGUAGAAAUAAAGAUCAGCCUGAGAUUGAAAUCACAAAGUCAUUUUAUAGAUGCUAUCAUGUUGGCAUAUAAUAAUGAUAAUAAAUAAUAAUAUAAUAAUAAUAUAAAAACAUGGAAACCAAAUGUAAACCUCAAAUCACAGUAUAUCUGUCUUAUUUUCCAGUAAAAUAAUAUUUAAACAUUCUUGAAAUGUGAAUGCAUUGAGGAGAAAUACAUUUUGUAUUUCUCAAAGCUGACUAAAGUUUGUUAGAUUUAUGGCUAAAACAUUUUGGCAAGGCAACGAGACACCAUGCUUUUGACUAAAGUUCAAAAGAGCAUGCUGAUUUUAGGUUGGAUUUCCAGUACAAAAUAUCUAAAUGUUCUAAAUUAAUAUUCAUUAACUGGAGAUGAGAAAGGACAAGUACGAAAUGAACUUCAAGUUUAUUAUUCUUACUCUAACCCCGUGCCUUUGAUUUGUCUCCAGAUGCACACAGUAAUGUUUUUUCUAAGGCACAUUUAAAUCUCAUAAUUGAACUAUGGCUUAGUCUAAGCCCUGUCUGUGAAACCAGGCAUAUAUUUUCUCUCUUGUUUUAAGCAUGAACUCACUUCUUUUGAUAAUUUUUAUUGGAAAACAAGACUUAACAUCUUAAGGAGUUCUGUUUCUCAAGUGAAUGCGUAUUUGAGAAUGGUUCUGGAAAAUAAGAUAAAAACACACAUUGCUCAUUUAACGGCUGAUCUAGAGCUGUUUCUGUAUCUCAGCGCCUGAGGAACGCUGUAGUGAUGGAUGUUCCUCCGCUGCACCUGCAGAUCAUUAAGUGUCUCGUUUUUAGAUUUCUUACGUGUUAUUUCAGAUUUUUGAUGCUGUAAUAACUACAUACAGCAAUGGAGCAUUAAACACUGCGGGGGAAUCAGUCUGUGAAUGUCGUAGAGUGAAUCUGGUGUACUUUAACAUCGCAAACAUCAGUUAUCAGCACCGUAACCUCAAAUAGAAUAGUAUAAAUAUGUGUUACCCUGAUUCUCACUUGGUUUUGUCUUUCAUACGGCCUGCUCAGAGUAUCUGUGCUUCUCCACCACGGUUACUGUAACAAUCUCACAGUUAAUAUCUUGCAAUUCUGACGUCAUAUCUGAGUCGAAGUCUGAGCUGUGAGAAAUAAACUUAGAAUUGCCAGAAAGAAAGCCAAAAUUGAAGGAAAAACUGUGAAAUUGUUGAAGGUGAAACCCUUUUUUUAUUAUUAUUCCAUGGCAGAAAUAAGCCUUUAUGCAAUUAUUAUACAAUUACCACAGAAAACAAAUAAUAAUAAAUUUAUUUAAUAAAAAAAUAAUUCUCUUUUUUUUUUUUUUUUCAGAAUUGUGAGUUUAUAUUUUGCGAUUUUCACGUUGUAUCUUGCAAAGUCAAAAUUGUCAAUUACAUUUAUUAUUAUUAUUAUUAUUUUUUUUUUCUAUAACGGAAACAAUCUUUCAUAGAAUUGCGAGAUGUAAACUCAGAAUUCAGAGGAAAAAAGGUCCAAAUUUUGAGAUGCAAACAGAAUGUAGAAACGUAAAAAUUAUGUGAGAUGAAAAAGUUAAUCCUUUAUAAGUUUUUAAUCCUUUAUUAUAAGUUUCCAUUGAUUUGUGCAAUUCUUGCAUUGAAUGAAUUUGAGUUUAUAACUUGAAAUUGUGAGAAAAGAAUUCACAAUUGGGAAAAAAGUUGCAAGAUGUAAACUUCAAAUUUAGGGGAAAAACAAACAAACAAAAUUGUGAGAUAUAAAUAUAUUAUAUAUAUUUGAAUUCUGAGGAAAAGAUAUAAUUAUAUACUUGCAUUUAAAUAAAAUAAUUUAUACUUGCAAUUUGGAGUUUAUAACUUGCAGUCGUGAGAUAUGAAAAAAUAAGUCAGAAUUGUAAGAUUAAAAGUCACAAUUACCCUUUUUAUGUUUUUAUUCUGUGGUGAAAAUAAGAAAAUAAGCUUGCACAGAUAUGGAAUAUUCCUGCUUGACAUGCUUGUCCUCAAACACCGCUGCUAGUGGUCAGAUCAGAUCGUUUCUGCUCAUUAGUGAUGAAGAUGAUUGUGAAGAUGAUCAGGAUCUGUGUUUUGGCUUGCACCGUGUAACGCCACCAUCUGUUCGCUCGCGUGAAAUCAGAAACAGAAGCUGAGACGCGCGUGAUUCUCACACUCACACACACACACUCCAACACGAGGAUCAUCAUCAUCAUCAUCUUCACGCGUUUGAGCCUCGUACUGUACGCAGAUCCCGCUCGCAGUGAAUAAAGCUAAUUGCAAGCUAUUCAUAUUUAUUACUGAGGCCUUUAACACACUGGAUUGGAGAGAUUUUAAAGGGUCAGAGACACAGUCCACGUUAGGAUGCUUUAUUAAAUUGUAUAUUGAGAAAUAUCUUUAGGUUUUGUUUGGUUCUUCACUGGAUUCUGUGGAGUUAUGGGUGCUGCAAAGGGACAAAUCUGUUUUACAAUGUCUAAAAUACAAACAAAGACUUGAUUGAAAAGAGAGAUAUCUGAAUUGUUUUUCCUUGGAAUUCUUCUUUUAUGCUCAUUGUUUUUGAGAUUUAUUUGACCAAAACACUCCAGGCGUCUCUCAGGACAGGCGGAUGUUCAUGUUUAUCUUCCACUACCUGCUAAAAACUUGCCGAUUUGAGGAGGAUCUUCUGUGCGGGAGGAAGAUUUAUUUCUCAUGUUGAUUCAUGUUUUAUUGUAAGCUUAUUGCGAUAUAUUCAGUUCUGGUGAAGCCCGUAUAACAUCUGUUUGUGUGUGUGUGUGUGUGUGUGUGUGUGUGUGUGUGUGUGUGUGUGUGUUUGUGUGCAUGUGUGUGAGGGAGACCUUGAUGACGUUUCUGUGUUAAAAAAGGUGUGAAUGUUUAUUUUGCUAAUUGUAAUGGGUUUUAACCUGUGGAACUUUUAAGUUAAAAAAAAAAAAAAGAAGAGCAAGACCAAAUAAAAUUUAACACGACUCUAAAACUGUGUUUGUGCU